UUGGCAGGAGAGCACCUGUGCAACUCGGCGGUUGCUUCAAAACAUUUUUGUUGUGGUGGGACGAGUCUAUGGGCUUCUUUGUUUGAAAUCUGUUGCAUUCCUGCUGGAAUCGCCAUGUCGUUUUCAAAAGCAAGUUUGAAAAGAUUCAACGAAGUCAAAGCCAGUGCCCCUCCUGUUGGUGCGUAUGACCCCAGAGAGCUGAAGUCUGCACAUGGUGGUGUCUUUGUGAAGUCGGACAGGUUCAACAAUGACAAAGAAUUUGGUCCCAGCCCAGCAGACUUCGACAUCAGUACAUGCAGCGUGAUCAGUGGUGUCAGCAUGUUGGCGGGGAACAAUCCCGGGCCCCGGCGUGUUCUCCAGCACCCCCAGGAAGAAAUCCCUGACCCAUGCUGCUAGC